AUGGAGGAACAAGAGCAGAAGCAGGGGGACCAAUGGGACUUUUCAGGAACCCAAAUUGUAGGGCCAGGAUGGCGGGCAGAGCUGGUUCCAGGCCUGUGCUCUGCCUGCCUGGGAGCCCUACCAGAAUAUCCUGUCUUCCGCGGUAAGAGCUGUGGCAACAUGCUGUUGUUGGAUGGUGUCAUCCAGUGUACAGAGGAGGAGUUCUCCUACCAGGAGAUGGCAGCCAGCCUGCGCCUCCCCUGCAGCCAUCCCAGCCCAUGCCAGGUGCUGACCAUUGCGUGUGGGGAUGGGGGUGCCCUGCAGGCUGUGGUGAAGCGUUCCUCUGGGGAGUCCGUGGUCCGGUGUGAGAUUAACGAGGAUGUCAUUCAGGUCUCUAAGAAGUUCCUGCUGGGCCUGGCCGUGGGCUCCUCCAGCGCCAAGCUGACCCUAUACAUGGGCGACGGUUUUGAGUUCAUGGAACAGAACCAGGGCACCAUCAAUGUUAUCCUCACAGACUCCUCAGACCCCAUAGGCCCUGCUGAGAGUCUCUUCAAGGAAUCCUAUGACCUGGACCUCAUCGAGGAGAUGCGGCAGUUCUGUAGGUCGCUCUUCCCUGUGGUGGCCUAUGCUUACUGCACUGUCCCCACCUUCCCCAGUGGCCAGGCAGGCUUCAUGCUGGGCAGCAAAAAUCUGAGCACCAACUUCUGGAAGGCCGUGCAGCAACUGACACAGAAGCAGGUAGAACAGAUGCAGCUGAAAUACUACAACUGUGAUGUGCACCAGGCAGCCUUUGUCCUGCCCAAGUGUGCUGCCGAGACCCAGGAUGAUGUAAGCUGAGCCCAGGUGCCACUGCCCAGGACGUUGGGCCAGGGAGCCUCCAGGACUCCUGGGCAUGACCAAACCCUUUUGCCCUGCCUGUGUGCCCACCAAGCAAGUGUUACAAGCCCCAGAAUGCUGCCCGAUGGGCCCGGCUGGGCGGACAGUCUCUCAAUGUGGUGUUCAGCCUCCAGGCUUAUACCAGCUGUGUAUAGCCAAAAACAAACAAACAAACCACAGGAAUUACUGUUUGUAAGGUGAUGGGAAUAAUCCAGUAGGGAGAGAAAACCUGACGAUGCAGGAGUGAGAAGGAAAAAUUUCUGGAAUGACAUCCUUGAGAAGGCAAGAAAGGAGUGGAAUCUGGUCCAGAAGUGGAGAGGUUGGACACCCUUCAUGGCCGUAGAUACCAUUCAUUCUUAUAAAAACACCAUAUGGGGACCCAGGUGGAAUUAGUUCAGUAGUUUCGCUAGUAGGAUCUUGUUGUUUUUUCUUGAUUGCUUCUUGUUUACCCGUGAAAUGAGAAGCAAGACAUUAGCUAAGAUUGAGGAAGGAAGAGAGGAAGAGACCUGGAGAGAGAGGAGAAGGUGUGACACAGUCAUCUGAGAGUGAAUGUUCUGGGAAAUGUAGUAUAAUUUCCUGGCAGCACUGAGAGCCCACUUGUGGUUCCUGGUCAUGGUGAGUGCGUGCUUUUCCCAUUCAAGUCCAGCUUUGGGGAACAGGUGUACAGUAGGCAACGAGUUUGAUUUCACCAACUUAGGGGUUUCUCCCAAGUCAGUUCAGUGAAGCAAGACAAGGCUAAGAGAGUUUCAGGGUGUUUGCAAGAGAGCAGAGGACCAGGGACAGGAGCAGGGUGAGACAAUAGGAUCAGGAAAGUUAGACCUUAGUGGGGCUUGAUAAUUUUUGCAGUUGGGGUAUUGGAGAGAGUAAACUGGAAAAAUAGGAAGUGUUGGUUGGAGAAUCCAGUCUUUCUCACUGAGGAAGGAAUUACAAUAACCAGUACAGACAAGGUCUGGGAUAUGAGCAUUGGAAUGAGGGGCUGGGGCAAUGUGGAGUUGCAAGGACAGGGUGGUGGAAGGAUCACAUGUACAUGUGGAAAUCCCCUAGAAUUAUGUCAGGAGAGCUGUCUUGGAGAGGUUAACAGUGAGGCAGGGCUUAAAUCUUUAAGGAAUGAGGGGUAGUGACUCAGGAAUGAGUAGAUGGCUGCCAAAUGAGAUGACCAGAGGUAGGAGAGCAGUCUGAAGAGGGGCAGGCUAAAAACCAAGAAACAGAUGGAAUUGGUGAGUAGCUUUAGGGAUUCAGUCAUAUCAGGAUUUCUCACCCUCAGCACCAAAUUUUGGGCUGGAUUUCUCUAUGUUGUGGGGGCUGUCUGUGCAUCGUAGUCAUUGUAGGGU